CAGAGACUGGUGACGAGCCACCAUGGGCUCGGGUUUUGAUUGGGCAGUUGAGAAACUAAAAUAGCAGAUUAAAAGGAGGGGAAAACCCCCGUGCUUUCUACCGUGGGGUCGGUGGGCAAACGCACCGUGACUCCCGCUUCGUGACCUUGGCUCUGUUCUUCGCUGCGCGCCGCCGCCAACCUGGGCGCGUUCACGUUAAAAAUUCAGAUUGAGCUGUCUCAUAAGUGGCUCCAAGAAGACUCAACCCCCAACCUUGCAGGAACAUAGCAGUUGUGGAGGUGGAGACAGGACUGAAAUCAGAAUCAGAGUUCAAAUAUACUGGAAAAUCUGGGCUCUAAAUUCUUAUGUAAGUCAGAGAGUGACUGACCAACAGCUGAGAGACAUUGAGGGCUUUAACAUUCACUGUAAACUUUGGUACAGGUCAUUUAUUUCUUUGAAGACUGGAUCCAAAAAGCACAAUGAAUACAAGAAUGGGCUAUGGUAGUAUGGUGAAUUCCAGACAAGCCCGAGAAUUCCAUACAGCUGGAGAAGGAGGCCCAUCUCCUGAGAUUGUCUUGGAAGCAGAAUUGAUAGAACUUGAGGAAAGUGAUGAAGUAGUUGACCUCACCUGUGAAUCUCUAGAACCUGCAGUGAUUGACCUAACUCAACAUGACUGUGUUGUGAUUACUGAAGAAAGGAGGAGGCCAAGGAGAAACACAAGGUCACUCCAAGGCCAAACUGGCAGCAGUGUGGUGAGCAGUCCUCAGGGGUUGAUGAGGGACAGAGAUGUAUAUGUGACCCACAGUGCCUACCAUAAUGCCCUGGAAGAAGAAACUUUAAGUUGCACACUACCUGGUUAUAUCCAAUGUCGAAUUUGUAUGGAUGGGUACUCAGAGAUUGAAUUGAGUAGACGACACAUCUAUUCUACAGAAUGUGGCCACAUCUUCUGUAGUCAGUGCCUCUGCACUUCGCUUAAGUACACUAAAAAUUGCCCAGUUUGUUUGAAAACAAUCAGCUGGCAUCGCAUUUAUGUAUGAUGUGUGCUGAGUUGCUCAGGACCAACAGACCCCCUGGCUGGGUUUUUCCACAUCCUUGUGGAGAAACUAUGGGUUGUUGGCAUCCAGUGUGCCAAGCUCAGAAAGCCUAAUUUUAAAAAUCGCUUUCUGGAAUAUAUUAAAAACUCUUUCAUUUCUCACACACGAUGAGAUUGCUGUUCUAUUCCUUUUGUUUCAUGCUGCAGGGCUGGACUUUUGUUGUCAUAGUGCGCCAGAGACUGGUGGUUGUCCUCAAAGCAAUUUUUCCUUUCUUUCUCAUAGUAAUCAAUUUUUAAUUGGCCACAUGUGGGCAUUUUGGAUCAUGUAAAUAAAUAAGGGCAACAUCCUAGACAUGGUGGAGCAAGCAGAUGGAAGGAACUUGAGAGACUGACUUUGCAAACCAGAGCCACCAUACAAGGUUCUUUGGACUUUUACUUGAGAGAUAAAUAAAUUGCAUUCUUGUUUAAGCAA